AUGAAUCAACACUCCCAGUCCAAGAAGUCCUUCAGCUGUGAGAAUUGUGGGAAGAGCUUCCAGUGGCCUUCCGACUUUGCUAGACAUGAACUCGCUUGCCGUAGGAGAUUAAGGACAGACAAGAGCAUCCAAUCCCAGAAGUCCUACGUCUGUGAGACAUGUGGGGAAAACAUCCAGUCAUCUACUAACCUUGCUCAUCAUAAAUGCUCUUGCAGUGGAGGGAAGAUAAAGACUGACCAGAACACUCCCUCCAAGGCAUCCUACAUCUGUGGUCUAUGUGGGAAGAACUUCCAGUGUCGUUCAGACCUUGCUAGACAUAAACUCCCUUGCCAUAGGAGAACAUUAAGGACAAGCAAGAAGUCCUAUGCCUGUGAGAAGUGUGGGAAAAACUUCCAGUCAUCUACUGUCCUUGCCUGUCAUAAAUGCUCUUCCUGUGGGGAAAAGGUAAAGACUGUCCAGAACAGCCCCGCCAAGGCAUCCCACAUCUGUCGUCUAUGUGGGAGGAACUUCCGGUGGCCUUCAGACCUUGCUAGACACGAACCCGCUUGCCGCAGGAGAACAUUAAGGACAGGCAAGAGCACUCAGUCCCAGAAGUCCUACACUUGUGAGAAGUGUGGGGAAAACGUCCAGUCAAUUACUAAACUUGCUCAUCAUAAAUACUCUUGCUGUCACGGAAAGGUAAAGACUGGCCAGAACAGCCCCUCCAAGGCAUCCCACAUCUGUGGUCUAUGUGGGAGGAACUUCCGGUGGCCUUCAGACCUUGCUAGACAUGAACCCGCUUGCCGCAGGAGAACAUUAAGGACAGGCAAGAGCACCCAGUCCCAGAAGUCCUACGUUUGUGAGAAGUGUGGGAAGAACAUCCAGUCAAUUACUAAACUUGCUCAUCAUAAACGCUCUUGCUGUGGAGAAAAGGUAAAGACUCACCAGAACAGCCCCUCCAAGGCAUCCUACACCAGUUGUCUAUGUGGGAAGAAUUUCCAGUGGCCUUCAGACCUUACUCGACAUGCGAACACUCACUCUGGAAAAGCAUUAACAGAGCAGAGCACAGCCUCCAAGGAGCUUGACAUUUGUGAUCACACUGGGGAAGGCUUUGACAGUCUUGCCCAACAUAAACUCAGUCACCCUAGGGGGGAACAACAGAUUGAAGCACCCGGGCACAACAGCCAGACAGCAGAACAGAGCAUCAGUAUCCAUAAGCCCUUUCUUUGUGACCAGUGUGGGCAAGGCUUUCCGUGGCUUUCUGACCUCAUUCAACAUUUGAUUGUUCAUCCUGGAGAGCAACUUUAUGGCUGUGACGUUUCCCACUUGCAACCGAUAAAGAACAAUGAAUCACAUCAGGAAAAAAAUAAGGAGGAAGGCCAGAGUAAUUGUGAGGAAGAUGUCCCUGUGGAGAACAUCUCUGGAGAGUAUCUGCAACACUUCCCCCCCCUGUGUUCUGGGGAACCUUGCAAACCUUUAGCCUGUCAGAAAGCCUGUGAGUGUGGCAAAUGCCAUUUUAGAGCACACAGUGACCCUGAAGUGCUUCCACCAAACAUUGUGUGGGAAAUUGGGGUCGAGGGCUUGCCUCAUCCCCUGUUCCAAAUGCAGCCUUCUGAGAGUGGGUACGGUGGGACUGAUGGUGAGAACGUCAACCCACAGCCCACCGAGCUGUCUCCCUUCCGUGUUGACAUCAAACCCAGCACUGAGUUGACCCCCAUUUUGAGUUCCCGUGAGGCAGUCUCUGUGGAGUGCACUGUCCCAAGCACCUCAAGGGGACUACAGAGGAAGGCUUUGACUGAAAGCAUCACCAGUUCUACUGGGCAACCACAAGCUGUGGCCAGUCAACACCCUAAGGUGCCCCGAUUCCUGAGCACUCCAAGCCUGUUGAUGGAGGGAUCUUCCUCACUAGUGGAAGGGGACAAGCCUUAUGCUUGUCCCAAGUGCCCAAAGCAGUUCAGCUUGACUUCAUACCUGUCAAAGCACCUGCUCACCCACCGGGCGGGGAAGCCAUAUAAAUGUUCCACCUGCAGUAAGGUCUUUGCCCAGCGUUCGUAUCUGACCAAGCACCAGGAGGUGCACACAGCGAGCUUGGAGCAUGAAUGCCUCGUUUGCGGAAGCUUCUUCACGCGGUCUUCGUAUCUCAAGAAGCACAUGCGCAGGCACAAAAGGUCGGGCCAGCCCAAAUCUUAGGUGGCAGGCGAUCGUUGAAGGGAAGCAAAUUGACAGUUAAUUAGUACAGCUUUACAGCUGUGGCAGGCCCCCUUUUGGAUGCACCAUAACAUUUCAGGCCUCCUCUUCUCCUCCUUCUCCUUCUAAGUAUGUGCAUUGUCUUUUUUAUGUGUGCAGUGUGCUAAAACUCUCCCUUCGCUGUUGGUGUAUUGUGAUUGGCUGAGUGGGUCGAAAACACACAUGUCCUGAGCUUGAUUGGGUCAGCUGAGGGUCAAUAGAUAUAUCCUUGUUUUUAUGGCCCUGAAGCUCCCCUGAGGGACAUUAGAGAAACCUCAGACUCAUGCCCAGUAUGUUGGGGUCCUUUACUCUGCCUCCAUCAAGCUAGGGAUGAGAUGGAACAGAGGCAAGCAAGCAGCCACAUUGAGGACUGCUUAAGUUAAUUGGCUUCAGAUUAAUUGCAUACCACAAAAAACCAAGGAUGCCUUUGUGAGGAUUCUGAAGGCAGGAGACAGCUUAUUUAUUUUAGGUGUGAGAUAACUUGACAGUGUAAAGCAGGGGUCAGCAACCUUUUUCAGCUGUGGGCUGGUCCCUCAGACCAUGUGGUGGGCCAGACUAUAUUCUGAAGAAAAAAAUGAACGAAUUCCUAUGCCCCACAAAUCACCCAGAGAUGCAUUUUAAAUAAAAGGACACAUUCUACUCAUGUAAAAAUAUGCUGAUGUAAAAACACACAAUCCGUGGGCCGGAUUGAGAAGGCGAUUGGGUCGUAUCCAGCCCAUGGGCCUUAGGUUGCUUACCCCGGUGUAAAGACUUAUUAUGGACUGUCAGAAGGAAAGACCAAGUUGAUUAGCGCCCACUCCAUUCCAUUUUGGUAUGGGGAAUGUUCAUCAAUACAAAAGAAGUGUCAUUAUUUUAAAAAGUACCAUCUCUGGUACUCUAAUUUCAGCAAGUUGUCGUCUUCUCUUCAUAACCUGGUCCUCAAAACUACAGGGUCAAGAAGAUGAUAUCACCACUGGCAUCAUAGACAAGUCAUAAUUGUCACCUUAAAAUAUAUGCUUCAACCUUCUGGUUUGCUGAAACAGAGCAGCCCUUCCCCUCCCAGGCAAUACAUAAACAGAACAUACAGGGCCUCGACCAUCUGCAAGCCCAGGUAAACCCAGCUUCUGGCUAGGGUUGGAGAGAAGGGGCUCAACUUUCUGGUUCUAUGUUUUAUGGAUGCAGGAAUAUUUUUUUCUUUUUUAAAAUGAAAGCUGAAAAUUCAGGGGAAAGACCUGAAAAAUCCUCGUAGGGAUUGGGCUUCAGUGCAAUGGCUCUAAGGCAAGAGAUGAUCCAAAGUUUAAAGGGACACUUUGGGAUCAAGAGCUUUCUGGGUUUACCUUGCAGAAAGUGACGAACAUACCAAUGGAUCUUGGAGACCCUAAGACUUAUGCUGCUUAAUCAUCCUUUGUUAUAGGGCAGUCUCCUACUUUGUCAUAGGUAUGAAGUACAGUAAUACAAAGCAUUUUGGAGGAGAAACCAAAUGGUGUUGCAGCUGAACUGAAACUGCAAGCUAUUUGUAAUGUGUCUGUUACCCAUGAAAUGACAGGUUGAGAAAAUGCUGUUCUUAUACUGCUUUAAAGUAUGUUCAUUAUUGAUGCUUUAAAAUAUGUUUGUUAUUGAGGUGUUUGCUAUCUUGCUUCCUGAAGGGCAGUUUACAAAUAAUGCAUUACAACGGAUACGCUUUGGCAGCAAUCCUGUGCCAACUUUCCUGGCCGUAAGCCCUUUGGACAAAGUAGGUAUUCUACAUAAACACAUAUAGGAUUGCAUUGUUCAUAUCUAGCAAGAGUCUAGAGUGAGAUUUCAUUAUUUCAAAAUGCCUCCCCCACCCCCAUGAUCUCCAAAGAGGUAGCUGUGUUGGUCUAUUGCAACAAAAACAAAGAGCCUUUGGUACCUUAAAAUCAUUUAUUAUGUUAUACACUUCUAGGUAUAAACAGGAGUGCCAAUCUGAACUUUUGACAUGGUUUAUUACUGCAGGUCAUGGCAUUAGUACAGUUGGUAUCAUUCAAUAUGAAACAUACCCCUAAAUGAUCUUUCCUGAGCGUGGUCUAGUUCUUAGUGCAAACAUGUCCUGGAAGCCACUUACAAGGAGACUUCCAGAGCUCCUAAGACUUUUAUGUAAAGGUCAGCACAAGUACUGCACUAGUUACCAGCAAAAUUUAAGCAAUGCUUCCUGUAAAAUAAUGGAUUCCAUAGAUUAUAACCAUUUUAAUCAUGGCUCACUAGAAUUAUAGUCUUUCAACUACCAAUUUAGCAGAAUCCAUGAAAUAGGAAUCGGGCAGGAACUUAAUAGCAAAUGGGUGAUAGGAACAAAGAAAUAUAGGUAUUCUAAGAAAUUACUCAUCUCAAAGACCCCUUCUCCUUUCUAUUAGGAUGCAUUGGCUAAAAUUAGUACAGAACAUUAGAUUUUUCAGUGGUUUGUUGAUCAAGGAGCUCCACUUUACGCAGUGUCUUCAAGAAACUAGCACAUACUUUGCAUCAAGAUAGGUAUGCCCUUCCCCUUCCCUUUCUAACUUUACUUUUAACUCACUUCCUCUAAAUUUUUGGGAACAGGGAUUAUUUUACACUUUAGAUCAAGGUGUGUUUGUGUUGUGAGAUUUGCUGCCUGCUUAUUUUGUAACUUUGGUGUCCAAAGCAGCACCCAUUUCAUUUUCAUUAUCAUUUUCAUUUUGUGUAAUAAACCAAUUCUCCUUCCUCUGGCGUGAGAACUUCUUGUGGGUAUAAGGUUACGGUUAAACACCUUAACAACAAACACAUGUUGUAAAUAGCAAAAGAUCCCCAAAGUCUCUUGGCUUAAUAUUAAGUGUGCCCAUAAGACAACACGGGUUCUGGACACAGGUGCAGGUGUUAAAUGCACCUCUUGUAGCACAUGGACUUCAGUCCAUUGAAUAUGUGCAUUAUGCUGAGCUAGAGUUAGAUGCAAACAGUAUUUUUUGGAGGGCUGGGGGAAUUGCAAGCAGUGAAAUGGAAUGCAGAAAAGUACAGAUGGUGAUUUAUAUAAUUGUUGUUGCUGUUUAGUCGUUUAGUCGUGUUCGACUCUUCGUGACCCCAUGGACUAGAGCAUGCCAGGCACUCCUGUCUUCCACUGCCUCCCGCAGUUUGGUCAAACUCAUGUUUGUAGCUUCAAGAACACUGUCCAACCAUCUCGUCCUCUGUUGUCCCCUUCUCCUUGUGCCCUCCAUCUUUCCCAACAUCAGGGUCUUUUCCAGGGAGUCUUCUCUUCUCAUGAGGUGGCCAAAGUACUGGAGCCUCAGCUUCACGAUCUGUCCUUCAAGUGAGCAUUCAGGGCUGAUUUCCUUCAGAAUGGAUGCGUUUGAUCUUCUUGCAGUCCAUGGGACUCUGAAGAGUCUCCUCCAGCACCAUAAUUCAAAAGCAUCAAUUCUUCAGCGAUCAGCCUUCUUUAUGGUCCAGCUCUCACUUCCAUACAUCACUACUGGGAAAACCAUGGCUUUAACUAUACGAACCUUUGUUGGCAAGGUGAUGUCUCUGCUUUUUAAGAUGCUGUCUAGGUUUGUCAUUGCCUUUUCCCCAAGAAGCAGUCUUUUAAUUUUGUGGCUGCUGUCACCAUCUGCAGUGAUCAUGGAGCCCAAGAAAGUAAAAUCUCUCAUUGCCUCCAUUUCUUCCCCUUCUAUUUGCCAGGAGGUGAGUUAUUCAAGUUAUUCUGAGUUAUUCAAGCCCCUUUGCCAUGGCAAGGCAGUGAUCCACGAAGGGGACUUAUAUAAUUAACUCUGGUCAAUAAAACAAAGCAGUUGUGAAUGUUUUGUGAAUGACCACAGUUAAUUGUGCAGUUAUUACUGGACUUUUCCGCAUUUCAUUUCCUUUUAUUUUGCUUACAGUUCCAACCCACUAUCAUGUGCAUAUAUUCCUGGUGCAUCUGAUGAAGUAGACUUCAGUCAUGAGACCAGAAGAAGCCCUUUGCUGGAUCAAGCCAAAGUUGGCCCAGUUAGUCCAGGACUUCAUUUUCAUAGUGACCAGCCAGGUUCCCAUGGGAAGCCUGCAAGCAGGACCUGAGCAGGACCCCCCCCCAAUUUGAACUAGUGGUCAAAGGCCUAAUGCCACAUGGAAGCUUAUUCCAUAAUUGUUGGCAUCCGUCUGUCUUGGGAGACAAUGGAGGAGUGCACUUUUGGGGAUUAUGUCAAUCCAUUGGAGAGUUAUAGCACCUGCUGUGGUUGUAGAGAUCAGUGCUGGAAAGACAUGUUCAGUCCCUCCAAGUGUCCCUAUUUUCCAGGGACGUCCUUGAUUUAGAGAAGCCCUGUCCCUGUUUCUGAUUUGACCCUGGAAUGUCCCACUUUGUUAAUGAUGAUGAUAAGCCCCACUCUUGGCGGCUUUACACAGAACAUUAAAAACAGAAUAAAACUUCAAACAUUUAAAACAUCCCUGAACAGGGCUGCCUUCAGAUGUCUUCUAAAAGUCAGAUAGUUAUUUAUUUCCUUGACAUCUGACGGGAGGCGUUCCAAAGGGCGGGCGCUACCACUGAGAAGGCCCUCUACCUGGUUUUCCCUAUUUUCAUUGGAGAAAUGUUGGAGUUAUCCAGCCCCCAAGCCUUCUGAAGGCAAUCCUGUAUAGGGAAGUUUUUGAGUGUUUUAUUUUGUUUUUAUAUAUGUUGGAAGCUGCUCAGAGUGGCUGGGCCAACCCAGUAAAAUGUGUGGGGUAUAAAUAGUAAACUUACCAUUAUGAAAUGGGAUGUCCCUAUUUUUAUCAGAGAAAUGUUGGAGAGGAUGCAUGAUUUGUUGCAGCUAGGGAAACUGAGGCGUCCAGUUCUGCUGCUGCAGGUGCCCCAUGGCGUUUCUUCUCUCUGCGCUCCUCCACGUGGUUAUUCCUCCUCUGGUCACUGCUAUGAAUACAUGACCUGACUCUCUACAUGCCGUGAAAGCUGAUGCCGUAAUACAUCUUUGUUGUAAAUGUAUUCAGGUGUGCUUAACUAAAACAGCCCUGCCAAUAACUGCUGAUACUCAACAGAGAUAGGCCAGAUUUAAGCCUUAUCUGGUAUUGUGGGAUCUUCCUGUUCAAGCAUCUUUCACAGAUGUAUUCAACUAUCUGGAGGAAAGGGGCAAUCUCAGAAGAUGGAGCAGACUUGCUCUCUGUUGCUGCAGAAGGCAGAGGGUGGACAUCUUUUCAAGGUAGCUGAUUUUAGCUGAGGAUUAGAAGAAACUUCCUAAUACCAUGAGCUACCGAAUAGUGACGCAGACGAUGCAGAAGGUAGCAAGCUGUCCUUCAGGUAGAGACUGCGUGGCCAUCUGUCAGGGAAGCUAUAGUUGUAAGAUGUCUAAUUGAAUGUGGGACUGGAGUAGAUGAUCUCCAAGAUACCUUCUGACUUUAAAAUUCUGUGAACUCAGGUUUGGGAACACAGUUGGUUCAGGGAACUGGUCAUCUCUAGUAUCUGGCUGCAUCUUGAGAUGCAUUUUACCACAUGCUCACAAGAAAUGUGAGGGAGCCAGACUGUGGUAACCUGCACUAGGUAGCCAGGUGCAACAGAUUACCAGAUUCCAUAAAAUAUUUCCACACCAAGUAACCAUUUGGGGAACAGGUGUAUUUAUUUACCUAUAAAGCUGUGCAGGUGUAACAAAGUGUGUCCCCUAGUUGUGAGACCAUCUGGUAAUACAGUAUUUUUUGCACUAUAAGACGCACCAGACCACAAGACGCACCUAGUUUUUGGAGGAGGAAAACAAGAAAAAAAUAUAUUCUGAAUCUCAGAAGCCAGAACAGCAAGAGGGAUCGCUGCGCAGUGAAAGCAGCAAUCCCUCUUGCUGUUCUGGCUUCUGGGAUAGCUGCGCAGCCUGCAUUUGGUCCAUAAGACGCACACACAUUUCCCCUUACUUUUUAAGAGGGAAAAAAUGAGUCUUAUAGAGCAAAAAAUACGGUAUAUUGAAUCAGUUUGGGAUUCCUAAACAGUCAAUUCUGAGAAUUCUGGGUCACUUCCAUUUAUUACCCGUGGCUCCCAUUACCUUCAUAUACUACAAGGACCUCCAGUCACAUAUUGAGAAGGUAUAGUUCUUCCACCAGCAAUAUAGAGGCAGAAAUAAGUGCAGACCUCUAAACACCCCACUGUCUUCAACCCCCUUCCUCUGCAGUUGUUGGAAACAUGUCAGAGCUGGAAAAAACUUUCCGCAAAUUUGCCGUGUACGGGGAUACGAGCAGCAGCGGCAAUGAAAUAACGGGCAAGAACUUCUCCAAGAUGUUGAAGGAGUGUGAUGUGAUGGACGGGAAGUUUGUGACCAGCACUGACGUGGACAUUGUCUUCAACAAAGUCAAGUGAGCCAUGGGGUGGGAGAGGCAGUGUCUGGUGAGGAAUGCUGAGACCACAGGGCAAGGACACUAUAUUAAGUGGUCACUGCAAGGCUCUGGCCCAGAAAUUGCACUUUCUCAGACACCAAGCCUUUAAACUCUGCAAGUAAAAAGUUAGUGUAUUAAAUCUUAGGACAGGAGUACCCAAACUUUUUAAACAGUGGGCGAGUUCACUGUCCCUCGGACACUGUUGGGGGCCGGACUAUAAUUUGAAAAAAAUAUGAACAAAUUCCUAUGCACACUGCACAUAUUUUAUUUGCAGUGCACAAAACCAAUGAGACCAACCCUUCCCUUUUAUGUUGCCUGAAAAGCAGGAGUGUACCCAGGGGUUGGCUCCAGUAAAAGGCGCAGACCCUUGGGAGCACAAAAAUUGCACCACUCUAUUCUGGCUCAUCUCCGGCAAGGAUGCAAGGGACCGAUACAGCUUCUUGCCAAGGGCACAAGGGAGCCUAGGUAUGCCUCUGCUGAUAAGCCAGCUCUACCGGGUAGCAUAGCAGCUGGACUCAUUGCUCCUCUCUCACACCAGCCUUUUCUUCUGCCUUGUCCCAUAUUUAACUGACUUGUACAUGGUGACAGCAGCACCCAACCCACCUGGGUAAAGUCCAAAAGUUCUCAUGUGCUCUGGAGGAAAAUCCUUUCCCCUUCGUUCCUCUUGUCAGAAUUCCUCCUUGCCAGGAGACUGAGCGCAUGGUGAGGCUUCUGCAGCUCCUCACACUGAGGUAAAUCUGGCACGGUGAGGUGUUUCUGUUGAAAAGAACAUGCGCACGCGAGCGUUCUUUUCAAGGAAAUUCCUUGCCAUGCCGGGUUUACCUCAGUGCGCGGGGUCUGCUCAGUCAGUCCCUGUGUGCUGGUGUGCUGAGGGCCGGAUUUAUGAGCCUGGCAGGCUGGAUCCGGCCCUUGGGCUGUAGUCUGGGGAUCCCUGCCUUAGGAGGUUAAACUCCCCCCCCCCAAAAAAAAACAACCCUAACCCACUGAAGAUUGAGCACACUCAGAGGCCACAAAAUGCUGUUUCUCUUUGGAAAAGACAUCUGAAGGCAGCCCUGUUUAGGGAAGCUUUUAACGUUUGAUGCAUUACUGUAUUUUAAUAUUUUGUUGGAAGCUGCCCAGAAUGGCUGGGGAAGCCCAGCCAGAUGGGUGGGGUAUAAAUAAAUUGUUGUUGUUGUUGUUGGAUAUAAAUAAAUUGUUGUUGUUGUUGUUGGGUAUAAAUAAAUUGUUGUUGUUGUUGUUGUUGUUGUUGUUAAAAGGGUGGAAUUCCCUGUGUAGAGGAAAUAAUGGAAUGGAAUAUCCUAGAAAAAGGUGGGCUAGCUUGCUGGAACCCUGAACAGGAGCACUCUUAAUCCAAUCCAAAUCUUUAUUACAGACAGACCAGCAUAUAGGAACACUCUAUGCAGCAACAUUUUGUUGUAGGGCCCACUUGUUCCUCCAUAGUCUGAUAUAGUGGCAAAGAAUGUGCAGUAUGGUUUGGGUAGUUCUAGGUUAAAAUAUCACCUCAGGCAUAAUCAAGUCACUCUGCUUUCAGCCUCAUCCCUACUACUGCAAUAUGGGGAUGAGAAUAAUGGGCCGUUGAGAGGAUUACUGAGGUAAUCUCCUGUGCAAAACACUUUGCACACUUGAAAUCUACAAUAUGAAAUUAUUAGGCCAUUUCACACAGAACCCAGUUAUGGCAAUAUUUUCACCCUCCAUUCUGAUUUGUGGUAUGAAGAAACUGUUUUGAGCAGAGCUGAGACAGCCUUCUCAGCCACAAAGCAUCAAAGGGUCUUUGACUCUUUAACUCGCCUCGCAGGGUUGUUGUGAAGAUGAAAUGAGAUAAGGAACUGCUCCAAGAGCCUUAGAGAAAGGGUGGGGCACAAAUGUAGUUGAACAAAUCAAAUAGCCGCAGAGGCUAUGAGCUAACAGCGUUCUCCCUCUGCAACCUUAAGGACCAAAGGGGCCCGCAACAUGAACUACAUCGAGUUCCAGCAAGCCGUUAAGGAACUGAGCAGAAAGCGCUUCCAGGCAAAGUCCCCAGAGGAGGCUUUAUUGGCCACAUACCAGCUGAUGGAGGGCAAAGAACCAGCCAGCACGGGAACAGUGAGUGUGGCUCUCCUAUGAAAUGGGAGCAACCACUUUAAAAAUAAAUAAAUAAUGCAUUUAAAUUAAGUCAUUUAGGGAAUAUAUAUAUAUAUAUAUAUAUAUAUAUGGACACACACACACACACACACACACACACACACACACACACACACAUAUAUACAUAUACAUAUACACACUCUGCAUUUCUGUGGGAGGGCAGGGGAAAUGUACAGAAUGCAGUACUGAGAAUCCUAGCUUUUUUUUUUUUUUUAAAGAAAAAAAAGUUUACAAUCCUUAUGGCUGGGAAUGUAUGGCCAAAAACUGUAGGAACAAUAACUCCUACAAUCUCAGAAGGAAUUAAGAUGGGGAACAAGGCUUCAGCGCCCUGCAUAAAUCAAAAUAAUUUAUGUAAAAUCGCAAGUCCGUAGCAGAAAUCAUUCAAAAUGAGAGAAUAUUCAAAUUCCACUUGAUUUGCCUAAUUAAUAAAGGCUGCAGAAUUCACCUCUCGGUGCAGAAUUUGGAUAGGAAGGAAGCUGAAGCAUUGGCCUACUGACCAGCACGGGAACUUCUUCAAAAGUGCCGCUGAAGAGGGGUUUAUCCUGAAAUGAUUUGGGCCUCGCAAUUUUUGCUGCAGAUUUUGAAUAGCUUGUACCUGUUUUUAUUUUUGCACAUCACAUGCCAUCCCGCUUUCAGUGCCCUACACAAAUGCGAAAGGCUUAGAGUUUAGACACUAUCUCUGAGGGACGAGGCAACGAACACAUCCACGCAUUCCCCCACCUCAUUAUUUUGCAUUUUUAAGCAUCAGCUCAGCAUUAACCCCUCCUUCCAAGCACCACCACUGCACCACUGACUUUCCACUUGCUUGUCUUGCAGAAAUCAACCGCGGCUAGUGUUGUGGAGAGGCUGACAGACACCAGCAAAUACACAGGCUCCCACAAGGAACGGUUCGAUGCAACUGGCAAGGGCAAAGGGCUGGCUGGGCGUACGGACCCGGUUGAAAGCCACACCGGCUAUGUCUCUGCCUACAAGGGGGCUGGAACCUACGACAAGUACCACUAG